CUGGUGGGUGAUGUCAUGCAUGACGUCACUGUCCGCAUCAGAGGAAUCGAGAAGGAACUGAGGAGGCAUGGUGGACAGUUAGUUAUUUCGGAAAAGAAGGAUAAGUAAGUUAUAUAUUCUCAUCAUUAGUUAAAGACAAGCUACAAAAUAUUUGACUGAAAAAAUUUACUUAAGAUUCAUGGCGCACUUCUUUAGCGUCGCUCCUGAAGCCUCGGCGUCAUCCAAGAGUGGUCACGGGUGACCUCCGGAAAUUGAUAUAGGACCUCCAGUUACCAGUCAAGUUCUUCCAACUGUUAAAUUGUCACUUGUUUGCUAAAUCUGUAAAUUUGUCAUGAAGUCCAAGUAUUCUUGUGCCUUUCCUGGUGGUUAUUUGUUAUAAUUUAUUUUGUAUAGAAAAAAUAUCAUGGAGAAAAUAUAUCUGCCAACUUCCUGUUUAAUCUGAAUCUGCUAAUUUAUCUGUUCUAUACUGCAGACAUUAUGGCAAAAUCAAAGAGUUUUUCUAGAAGAGUUGAUAUAUUGAAUGAGAAUACUCAAUAUAAAGAAAAUUCAUUUCUAUAACUUGCUGUAACAUAGUAGUGAUAAAGAGUGGAAGUAAUUAUAGCAGCAACAAUUGUGCCAAUAUUGAAAUGGAACAUCAAUCGAAUAGACCGCCAUGUUUAGCUAAACAAGAUCAGUUUGAGUCUGAAGAAAUAGAUUGUGUGACUUCUCCUGUUAUGAUUCAAAUAGAAGAAGGGGGUGGUGGAAUUCAAGAUGCAUUGGAUCAAGAUGAUAAUGAUGGUGGAAGAUUUGAUACUGCUGAUGAUGCAAGUAGUGAUGGUGAUGGUCCACAGAAAUCUAGAACUAAUAAAACAAGUUCUAGAUAUUCACCUGGACCUACGCAAAGUGGAAAACCAGAGAAAAAUAAAAGAUCAUCUCAUCAAAGAGUAAAAUUACUUGUAAGAAGUCAAGCAGUUCAUGAUGACACCUCACCACCACCAGAUCCAGAUGUAAUAGCUACAAAUACUAAUAUGCUAAGUGUUACUUGUGCUUCAUUGUUUUCUUCUCAAAAUCAAUCGAAGAUAUCUUCGAAACCAAAUCAGUUAGUUAGACAAGGCAGCUCAUUAGGAAGUACCCAGGGCAGCAUGGAAGGUUCUUCUCCUAGUCUUUCACGAGAUUCUAGCACAGAAACAUAUAUGGAAUCUACAGGAAUUGAUAUUCAGCAAUUCAUAAUUGAUACACUGCAUAAAAACCAAAAGGAUAGAAUGAUGCUAUUGAAAAUAGAACAAGAAUUGAUUAACCUUGUGAAAGAUGGAAAAAGGCAAUCCCAUAAGUUUCCACAAAUGAGUUCAUAUAACCGUAUGCUAGUCCAUAGAGUUGCAGCUUUUUUUCGAUUAGAUCAUUAUGUUGAUCAAAAUGGAACUGCUGUUAUUGUCAAUAAGACAAAAAAUACAAGAUUACCCGAUAUAAAAUUUCGUGAACAAAUUCAUGAUGAAUUAGUUCCAGAUGAACCAAAGAAAUCAAUUUUGAAACGUGAUAGUGCUUCAUUUGAGGAAGGAAAAGAGCUGUCCUUGCCCGCCCUGUUGCAGCAGAAGAGCCCUGAGAGGCAGUUGUCCACAGAUGGCAGACACAGCAAGUCUUUUGAAGAGAGGGAAGAAGAAUAUGUAAAAGUGCGAGCAAGGAUAUUUAAACAAGAUGAAGGACUAGGAGAAUCACCACUCUGCUACAGUCAAGAAGGAACAUAUAGCUCUAGCAGACGAAGUAGCCAAGAAGACCUUCGUUGGGCAAGUGAACCUCGUCCUUGGAGUAGUACUGAUUCAGAUAGUUCUGGCCGGCCACAUCUACAACCAGGAACAAAAUCAACUUGUAGCAGCUUUGAGUUUGAGCCAGGAUCACAACCAGUUACUCGUUCAUCUGGACCUUUCACUGUACUUACCAAAACUGAUAUUGAAAAUAAAGAUCUGUUAAUCCCAUCCAGAGGAGCAAGGCCAGCAGUUACUAAAGCAAGCAGCUUUGGAGGAAUCUCUAUACCUACACAUGAUUUAGGCGGUAAAGGUCAUACUCCAAGAAUUACCAAAGCAGAAUCUUUUAAUGUAACUACACUGUCAUCAAGUUACAGUAAUUCCAAUAUGGUAACAGGUGUUGUAACUACUACACUUCCAGAAACAGCAUCUACUCCAACUGAUUCUAAUCAGUUAACUGUUCCUUCAGUUGUUCAAGCACAGCCCAGUCCUGCUUUUCAAACUCAAUCAAUAGAAACAAAUCAGGGAUUUCCUGUGAUUGUUGGUCAGUCACCAUCAUUAUCUAUAUCACAGGUUUCUAGUCAAACUCCAGUAAAUUGGCAAGCAGGAAGCAGAGAAUCUUCAAUACCUUCUGAUUUGUCAACACCUCAGGUAAAUCAACCAGUUGUUUGGCCAGGAUUGGAAGGAAUACCAGCUGGAAGUGUUUUGUUGGGUCCUCAAACAGGUACACCCUACAUGAAUAUGGAUGGUACAGUAUAUCGAACUAGACAGACAAACAAUAUUGGAGGCCAAACUAUGAUGGUUACUCCAUUUCAAACAUUAACAACUGCUACUCCUCAAGUUCAAGUUGCAACUCAAAUUUCUCAUCCUCAGCAACAACAGCAACAUCAGCAGCAGCAACAAACACAACAACCACCACCACCCCCACCUCCUCCACCACCACCACCUCCAUCAACACAACAACAGCAGCAACAACAAUCUCAACAGCAAGCACAACAGCAACAUAGGUCUAUUAUUCAACAACCUUUUCAACAACAGAUUCAGCCUCAAGCAUCAUUGCAGCCAACUAUCGUUUAUGUACCAUAUGUUACUCCACAGUUUCAACCUCAAGUAUCUCCACAGCAACCAUCAGUUUCACAAUUAACACAGCAACCAGUUUCUCCAGAUCAAAGACAAUUAAAUUUGGAAGGAAAUAAUUCUAAUAUGGAUUUGAUCACUCAGUUGUCUGUACUCAGUUUUAUACCAGCUCAAACAACUGGACAGCCUCAAACUAGAGAGAUAGUUCCUCCAGCAUCUGUUCGAGGAAUGGAAAACUCUGCAUCUACUUUAAUGCCACAAGGUUAUGUGAUUCCUGCAAAAAAUCAAGUGUCUAGUGGGCAUCAAAGCAAUGUAACCCAGUUGCCUGUUUAUUAUGUGCCUCAAGUUCCACAAAACUCAUCUCUUCCACCUGUAAGAUAUAUUUAUCCUACAACAUCCAUUGUGCAAACACCUGUCCAACAAUCAUCUUCCACUCAAAAUAUUGGCCUGGGUAUAGGAAAUCAGGGAAUAAGUGAUAUUCAGACUCAUAUGUCUCAACCUACUACUCAACAUACUCAACAAAUUACAGGUUCCCCAUAUUUACCAUCAUAUCCUAUGCUUGGAUUUUCUCAUGGAGAUUCUUCAAAUAUGCCUGCAUAUUUGAAUUAUACAGCUGCUGCUCAAACUGGGGUUUCUUCUGUAACAUCUACAACUUCAGGAAUGUCAAUUCCACUUUAUCCCCAUAAUACUAUAUUAACAAAUAUUGCUAAUGGAGCUCAGGUACUUGCUAGUCCUACUGUUACUCAAGCAAGCCAACCACCAAAUUAUGUUUCCCCUGUUGCAUUAAACACACCAGCUCUACCUAUUACAGGAGCUCUACCUAUGUAUGUAGUUACUACUAGCACAACUUCACCUGUUAGUAUGACAACACCUCAUAUAGGAAAUGGUAUGAGUGCUACCCCUUAUACUUCAUAUCGUGUUCAGACACCUCCAGCACAACCUACUAAUGGAACAGGAUCAAACACUAAUAACAUUUCUUUGGGUUCUCCUUUCCUUAGUUAUGCUCUUUAUACACCUGCUCAUUCUCAGCAUCUACCUGUUCCUCCUAAUGUUAAUAAUAAUAUUCACUCGCCACCAGUUCCAUCAAAUCAGUUUACACCUAGUUUCUUAUCUACUUUUCAAGUUUUAAGGCCAGGUAUCCCUAUAGUUAGUAACAUCAGGAAUAAUACACCACCCCCAUCAGCACCUCCAGCUCCACCACCACCACCUCCAGCACCACCUCAAAAUUUAAUACCUCCUCAGUUUCCAACUCCUCCCCCUCCUGGAAGUACAAAAAGGCAAUUGUCAUUUCCAAUUAUGAAGCCAUCAGAAUUGAAUGUCAGAGAUAUGAAUAUUGGUGCAGGAAGUAAUAGGCAAGAUCAGAAAGGUAGAUCUGCUCCUCUACAUGUUGGCAAUCCAACUACUGGACUUAUAUGCAGAAGAGGCUUAUCUUUAAUGCAAGAAUUUUUUCCUCAGUUGCCUGUUUAUUAUGUGCCUCAAGUUCCACAAAACUCAUCUCUUCCACCUGUAAGAUAUAUUUAUCCUACAACAUCCAUUGUGCAAACACCUGUCCAACAAUCAUCUUCCACUCAAAAUAUUGGCCUGGGUAUAGGAAAUCAGGGAAUAAGUGAUAUUCAGACUCAUAUGUCUCAACCUACUACUCAACAUACUCAACAAAUUACAGGUUCCCCAUAUUUACCAUCAUAUCCUAUGCUUGGAUUUUCUCAUGGAGAUUCUUCAAAUAUGCCUGCAUAUUUGAAUUAUACAGCUGCUGCUCAAACUGGGGUUUCUUCUGUAACAUCUACAACUUCAGGAAUGUCAAUUCCACUUUAUCCCCAUAAUACUAUAUUAACAAAUAUUGCUAAUGGAGCUCAGGUACUUGCUAGUCCUACUGUUACUCAAGCAAGCCAACCACCAAAUUAUGUUUCCCCUGUUGCAUUAAACACACCAGCUCUACCUAUUACAGGAGCUCUACCUAUGUAUGUAGUUACUACUAGCACAACUUCACCUGUUAGUAUGACAACACCUCAUAUAGGAAAUGGUAUGAGUGCUACCCCUUAUACUUCAUAUCGUGUUCAGACACCUCCAGCACAACCUACUAAUGGAACAGGAUCAAACACUAAUAACAUUUCUUUGGGUUCUCCUUUCCUUAGUUAUGCUCUUUAUACACCUGCUCAUUCUCAGCAUCUACCUGUUCCUCCUAAUGUUAAUAAUAAUAUUCACUCGCCACCAGUUCCAUCAAAUCAGUUUACACCUAGUUUCUUAUCUACUUUUCAAGUUUUAAGGCCAGGUAUCCCUAUAGUUAGUAACAUCAGGAAUAAUACACCACCCCCAUCAGCACCUCCAGCUCCACCACCACCACCUCCAGCACCACCUCAAAAUUUAAUACCUCCUCAGUUUCCAACUCCUCCCCCUCCUGGAAGUACAAAAAGGCAAUUGUCAUUUCCAAUUAUGAAGCCAUCAGAAUUGAAUGUCAGAGAUAUGAAUAUUGGUGCAGGAAGUAAUAGGCAAGAUCAGAAAGGUAGAUCUGCUCCUCUACAUGUUGGCAAUCCAACUACUGGACUUAUAUGCAGAAGAGGCUUAUCUUUAAUGCAAGAUAUGUGUUUAUUGGGCCAUCCUCUUCAACAUCAGUUAAAUCCAUUAAUUCUUCAGCAGCAGCGCCCAUUAGCUCGGUAUCCACAUCCUAAUUCUGCUCCAAAUUCCAUAAUUUCAAAUAAACCACCUAAGUUACGCAAACAACGUAGCAAAAGUGGUAAUGUUGUUAAUAAUGUGGGAAGAGGAAAUAUCUCAAAUACUCAAUCUACAUGUGGAAAUAUUUCCAAUACCGGAACUAAUCAUGUUUUAGAAGUGGAAGGGAUCCCAGAAGGAAUGAAGAGAAGUGAAAUUGAAAGGUAUUUAGAGCAAGUGAUUAAUCAUGGGGCCAAGAUCCAGUUUGUCAGUAUAGAUGGUGGUAUCACAUCGCCAGGUGCUGAUCUCACAAUCAAUUCUAAGUACAAGGUUCUUGCGGUAUUUGAAUCUGAUACAGCUGCACAAAGUGCACAACUUAACAUCAAAACAGCAAAGUUUCAGUUACGGCAGCGUCGUAAUGGAAAGGAUGGAUCCAUGAGAAAUAUUAGUUAAUUAUGGAUUACUUUCCUUAGUCUUAUUCAAGCAGACUAUUUUUAUAAAUCACUACAAGAAUGUUUCAUAUUUAUGUUAAAAGUGUUUUCAUUCAAACAAUGGUUGAACAAACUUUGAAAAUAGAACAAAGAUUCACUGGAAAGAUAUAUUUGUCUUCAUGUUAUUGAAAAGUACUUUCUGAAAGUUUCAGGAAGAUAUUUGAAGACUGUAUAUAAAGUUAUAGGUAGAAAGAAAGGAAUUCUAUUUAAAGUAAAUGAAUUCCAAUCACAAGACAUGCUUUCCAUGGUCUCUGUUAUAUGAUGUAUAGAAGCCCCUUCCAAAAAAAAAAGAAAAAAAAUAGUUAUCUUUACUCUUUAUAAAACUAUUGUGCAAUGUAAAACUUCCCAACUGCCAUUGUGGCAAUCUCAAAAUCUUAUUAUUGCCCUUAAUAGUGUUUUUAUUGCAAAAAGAGGGGCAUUUAAAGACUUUAUGGUCUGUUGAGUGAUAUGUACUGUAGUGUAUGGCCAAUGGUUAUGUUUUUCACUGUUUUUUGAUAUGGCCAACUUUUUUGUGGUGUUUUGUCAAAUGUUAAAUCACCAAUCGUUAUCAAAAUUAAAUAAAAUGUUAAAAUCUAUUAAGUAUAAAUUUCAAUCAAGUUUUCUGCCAA